AUGCUGGCGCUGGAGAGCUACAUCGUACAUGAAGGCUUUACUGAAGAUUACUUCAACAAGGACAUCGCCCUCUUGCGUCUGGAGGAGGCCCUGGACCUCACGUCGCCCCCGGAGGUCCGACCCGUGUGCCUGCCCUCGGACACGACGAAGGUCCACGAAGGACAAAUCGGAAAAGCUAUCGGCUGGGGAGACACGUCCAACGGGAAGGACAAAUACCGUAGCGUCGUUCGAGAAGUCGACAUCCCCAUCGUCGAGUGCGGACGCAAGAAGAUAGCCGGUGUUUUGAUCGCACCUCUCAUGCUCUGCGCAGGUUUGAAAAGCGGCGGGAAGGACGCUUGUUACGGCGACUCGGGGGGCCCUCUCAUGGUGAAAGAAGGCGGGAGAUACACCCUGGUGGGGAUCGUCUCUUUCGGCGACGAGUGCGGCACACACAGGCGUCUACACGAGGAUUACUGGCAAUCUGGAAUGGAUCAGCACCAGCACUGCUGA